AUGCUUAUUGAAAAUUCAGAGAAUGAAAAAUACAUCAAGACCAUCAACUUUGGUUGUUAUCCCAAGAAUGUAUUGAAAUUUCAGGAUAGUCAAGAUUUUGUUCAACAGUUGAUAUUUAUUGACUACCAAUUGAAGUUGUUGAUACAAAAUGAAUUUCGUGGAGAAGAACUCUCACCAGUAAGCAAUAAUAUUGCUAAUGGAUCUUCUUAUUCACCGAAGGAAAAAUUAUCGCAAUUGAUUAAUUAUGCAACGUCAGUGGGCUCAAACUACCAUAAAACCACUAGAACUUAUGAAAGUAACUUGUAUUAUACUGUGUUGAUGGCCCACUUGUUGUAUCUUGACGAAAACAUACACGAAAUGAACCGGCUACUCACCUCAAUCAAAGUGUCAUUUCAAGUGAGCAAGAAUCUCAAUGUAUCCACCAGUGUAUUUGAAUUUAUCCAGUAUUUGACAGUAAGAUACUAUGCCUUGCUUGGAUUGUGUAACUCAAAUGGAUUAUCAAUCUGGACCGAUUACUUGAACUACUACAACAAACCAUUUGCUAAGUCACACGUGGUUGCCAACCACUGGUUCGAUUUAUUACUCGGUAACCUCGCCGUGGCAUUAACCAAAAAUCGUACAAUCCAGCUAUCAUUUGUCAACCAAUUGACCAAAUUACCAUUUUACAAAAAUAAAUUGGCAAUUAUUGCUUUUGCCAAUUUUCUUUUGCGUCCAGAAAGUAGUCGACUUAUCAAUCGAAAUUUUAAACAAGAGUAUACUGAAUUUUUGGUGGUUGAUAUUAAUGAAUGUAUUCAUCUGAGAGUUCAAUUUCCUGAUGCCAGUGAUGAAAAUACACAAGUAAAUGACUUCACUAACAAUUUGUAUGAGUCAUUGAGUUAUGUACCGUUUAAUUUGGCAAUUUUAAGACCUGAUUUGUCCAAACAAUUUUUGGUGGAUGCAAUGAAAAAGACGUACCAAAGCCGAGUUGUCAUUUCUAAUUUUAUUUACACCUUGAUUGAUUUGAAUGAGUAUGAUGAAGCAUUGGCUGCUUUUAAUACAUACAUUGACUAUUUGGAAAAAGAUCAAGAGUUGAAAAAUGGUCAUGUGGAAGAUAUAUUGGCCAUUAUCGAUACCUACAGUACUUGCAUCAUUCACUUCAAUCCAUUAAAAUCAUUCAAGCACCAUGAAAAGUUUAAAUUCACUGAUGAACCCAUUGUUUUGCAAUACUUGCAUAAAUAUAUUGAACAAUUGCAAAAUUAUAUGAGCAAAUUGGCGGAAUUGAUUGAUUUGACUUAUGAUGAUGUAAAUCAUGCUGGUGAUCGAAACCCGCUUUCAUUUUUGUAUCGCAAAUACAAUUUAAAUGUGUUGCAAUCGGAUCAUUCACAAUUUAUGGAAUUAAUUGCCAAGGCAUGGCACUCAAUCGGGUACUAUCAUUACUACAUGUCGUUGUGUGAAUCAAGUAAUCAAAAAAUUCUUGACGAACAUGUAUCACAAGUGUUGAAAAACUAUAAAAAUUCAUUGAUUAUUAAUUCAACUGGUAAUGUUGUUUAUUUGUUCCACUAUGCAUUGGCAUUGGCAAACACUGGUCAGUUGAAACCGUCGUUGAAAUUGUGUAAAUUCAUUUUGAAGCGGUACCCUGAAUCAUUCAAAACUUGGAAUCUUUUGGUUUUAUUGAUCACAUCAUUCAACAACAACGACGAUGAUGUGAAUAAACCAGCAAGUUUCAAUGAUAACAUUCUCCCCGAUAAUUUAUUAAAUGACGUUAGCAAAGCCAAUGGUAAUAUGAAUGGAAUUGAUCAACAAGUGGACAGUGGAUAUGUACCACCGAAAUUGGAAAUUCGAGAACCAGAAAAGUUCAUCAACAAGGCAUUAAACAUUUCCGGGUUAUACAUUAUGAAACACAAGGAGAGAGAUAUCAAGUUGCCCACUGAUGCCAAGUAUGAAAUUAUGCAAUUGAAAUUGACACAAUUGGCAGUUUUGGAAUCCAUACAUGGACCACAAUACAUGAUGAAUUAUAUCUCAGAAGUGUUUCUUUUGUACCAUGAACUUUUCGAAGUGUCGUUCAACACGGCACUUAAUGGGUCCACUGCCCUUUCAUCUUCACGAAACUUUGGUGCCCAUGUAAAAUGGUCACAUCGACCCAGUUUUAUCGAUCCAGUUGAGUUACAAAAUGUUGGAUCAAAUACUCCAGCACCUUUACCACAACCACGUGCUAGCUCUCCAACAAAUGCAGCUUAUUCAGUGGCACAUGAGACACUGGCAAAGACCAACCCAGUAGCGACAAAGAGUGUUUCUUUGGUUAAUGAAUCCAAUGGAUCCAAUGUGAAACGAACUCAUACUGUUGAUCGAUUGAAACGACUUUCGAAAUUACCAAUGCAUCUUCCAAAGCCCAACUCAAGAGGUGAGUCAGUGAAUAGACGAGACUCGGUUGUUUCUCAGUCUUCGUUAAAGACUAGUGGAUCAGGACCUGGGUCACGUAUCAAGAAGCCGGAUUUUUUCAGAAAUGGCAAUGAUCUGAAGAAUACCAUACUGGAGAAAUCAGUAUCGCCAUCACCAUCACGUACUGGUGUCAUUCAAAGUUCAAAUGCUGCGGUUGCUGGUGGUGUUGCUUCACCAGCUCCUGUAAAGCGUAAUCCAGUUGCGCCAACUCAUGCAACAACACCCAAGGACAAUGUUCUUGAACGCAAGUUACUUCAGGAAUUGUGGCUUUAUACAGCACGCGUGUUCUUAAAGAAUGACUUGUAUGAUGAAUGUGAACAAUGUAUUGGUGAAGCUGAAUCCAUUUAUGAACCAAAUAUCAAGACAUUUAUCGCCACUGGUCAGUUGAAUUCGAAAACCAAGAAAUUUCUUUCAUUGCAAGAGUACGAACGUACAUUGGAGAUUUUGGAGCGUACUGAUAAAUACAACAAGAUUGAAUUUGGAUACGCUGUAUUGGGAUUGGCCAAGUUGUUUCUCAUUGAUGAUGUAUCAACAAAGAGUUUAUUUAUUUCGACUAGAGAUAUGGAUGCGGCAAUUAUAAGAUUAAAAAACAUGUUGGAGGAAUUCUCCUUGAGUUGGCCUGUUGGUGCAAAUAAUGUUGAAGUGUGGUUUUACUUGGGCAAAAUUUAUGAAGUAAUUGAUGACAAGAUUUUGUUGACGAGAAGUUUAUGGAAAUGUGUCGAGUUGGAGGAUACUAGACCAGUUAGGAGUUUUGAAGUUUGUAAUUCAAGUAUGUAA